CUGGUCUUUAUGUUUAGUUAUUGUUCUUUUGUUUCUAGCCAAUCAGUUUCUUCCGUCUUACCUAUUCGCCCAUACUCAAGCGAAAUAUCUGAUGGAAACAUCUUCCUUAAUUUUAGAACCCUUAACCAGAUGAUUUCAUAUUGGUGUUUGUCAAAUAUCUAUCGAUGACGGAAGCAGCAAAAGCUCACCUGAGAAUAUUAUGGGAGUCUAUGAAAAGAUCACGCCGUUUCGAACGCGACAGCUUGGAUACACCUUUAAAGAGAUGUUUAACUGCGUUCGAUCUAACUCUUCUGGGAAUAGGCAAUAUGGCAGGAGCUGGUAUAUAUGUUUUAACGGGGACCGUAAUCCGAGAUAAAUCUGGUCCGUCUACUUUCCUCUCAUAUUUAGUUGCUGGGGUUACUGCCUUUUUAAAUGCCUUAUGUUAUGCCGAAUUGGGAUCGCGAAUACCAAAGUCAGGAUCUGCAUACACCUAUACAUAUGUGGCCAGUGGAGAGUUUCUUGCAUUCAUUGUUGGAUGGUCAAUGAUAUUAGAAUAUGUUCUGUCUGUAGCAAGUGUUGCACGUGGCUGGAGUGGUACAGUCGAUGCAAUGUCACAACAUGCAAUUAGUAAUGGGACAAAAAGUGUCAUUGGAAGUUUUCCAUCGCAUGUGGAAUUCCUUGGAGACUAUCCUGACUUUAUUGGCUCUCUGUUAAUCAUUGUCCUUGGUUUAAUCCUAUUUCGUGGUCCAAAGUUAUCAGCCAUGUUGAACACUGUAAUAACACUGUUAAAUUUAGUGGUCAUUAUUUUAGCCACUUGCAUUAUGUUUUCACGACCGAAUAAACAUGGAUCAGAAUUUGCACCAGCCAGUCAUGGUGGUCUAUUUCCAUUUGGAUUUGGAGGUAUGAUUGGUGGCGCUGGAACGUGUUUCUAUGCAUUUAUUGGCUUUGAUGCUAUUACAGUGAGCAGUGAAGAAGCGCUAAAUCCGAAAAGAUCAAUGCCAAUUGCUACUGGUGUGUCAGUUGGUGUGGUUACACUCCUGUUUCUGUUGGCUAGUCUAGCUUUAACACUUUUUGUACCAUGGUGGACAGUGGAUCGACAAGCUGCUUUCACAUCUGCUUUUCAUAUUCGUGAUUAUGAAUGGGCCACAUAUAUAACAGGAAUUGGUUCAUUACUUGGAUUAAGUGCAAGUCUAUUUACAAGUAUGUAUGCUAUGCCGAGAGUGGUUUAUGCAAUGGCCAGUGAUGGUUUAUUGCCUAAAUUCUUGGGUUAUUUAUUACCAUCUACUCAAGUCCCAGUUGUUGCACUCAGUUUGUUUGGAUUAUUCGCUGCUAUACUGACACUUUUAUGUGACAUUCAUUUACUGGCUGACUUUCUAAGCAUUGGAACACUGAUCGCUUACACAAUCGUCUCAAUGAAUGUGUGUAUCCUACGUUACUGUCAACCACAACUUUAUUCUGGUCAAUGGAAUGAAUUAGAAUCAAGUGAAACGCAUUUAAGCAUUUCAGCUGAUGACCGCUUAACAGAUGAGAAAGGGAUACAUGAAACUAAUGAAGCUGAGUUGAGUGAAUGGCCACAUUCUAUUGGACGAUUGAAAUCUGCUUUUCGUCAUCUUCCUAUUCUUCGUAAUUCAGCACCUGGUUAUGCGCCUAUAAUUUCUUUGUUACUUUAUACUAUCUGUGCUUUUGGCUUGGCCUUUCUUCUGUUGCCAGGAUCACAAUAUCUACAAGAAGCACGUUGGUGGGCAGUACUUAUACUUAUUUUGUUCUUGGCUGGAGCUAUAUUUUUUGUGGUUAUCAUGUUUUUACAUGAACAAAACAAGUCUUUUGACAGUUUUAAGGUCCCAUUUGUUCCUUUGAUUCCGUGUUUCUGUGUUUUCCUCAACUUCUGUCUCAUGGUAAAGCUGUCACCUAUGACAUGGGUUCGAUUCAUUAUUUGGUUAGCUAUAGGUCUGAUUAUCUACUUUGCAUAUGGAUGGAGGCAUAGUGUUCAUGCUAGUAAUCCUGGAGAGUCGGGUAAACUGAUCACAGUUCCAAAGAUGGGAAGUUUUGAUGAUGAUGUUGCAGGUCCAGGUUUUGAACAGUUUAAUAAUAAUAAUGAUAAUAAUACCAACAACAAUAAAAACUCACCCAAAAAUUAUGAACAGAGGGUUGAGUAACUUUUUAUGAAAUUCCUUCAUAUUAUCAACAUUCGUGCUCGUCCUCCCAUAAUAUAAACGUGAUAUUGUCAAUUGUCUGUUUCUGCUUGAUUUUAAUUAAUUGUUUAUUUUCUUCAAUGAAAUACGCAAGAUUGUAUUGUCCUUCAUCAGAUUUAUCAUGCAAUUGAAUUAAAUAAUUUAUUAUUUCAAUAUUUACCACACUGUGUCUCUUUUGAUAAUGUUGUCUGUUUUUGACCGAGUGAUUUGAGAAUUGUGAGUAUUUCUGUUCUUGUCUUAUGUGUUUAAAGUGAAAUAUACACAUUCUCAGAUAAAUUUUCUGAAUUAAUAACCUGUUGCUAACAAUAAGUGUUUUGUUUCAUUUGCAGUAUGACGCAAAUAUAUGGCCUACCCGAG